UCACAUUUUAUUAAUUACAUCUACUAAUAUUUAAUAAUGGAACAUUAUUUUAAAGUGUUACCAAUGUUUAUAUCUUUCAGUUAUUGAUUGCUGCUUACAUCAUGGCCUCCUCUGAAACAUCCUCAUCCACGUCUGUUAGGUCACAAAAAUUAAACUACACAGUGUGGAUCAUUGGUGACAGUUAUGUCCGACGAGGUGCCCAGAGAGCGCAGGAGACUGUGGGCAACAACCUUGGGCUGCCUGGGGCCCAUAUCUCUUGGUUUGGCUGGGGCGGUUUAAGGUGGAAACGACUUCCAAAAUACUUCCAGGACUUGAUUAAAGGAAGAGUCGUACCAGAUGUCCUUGUCCUUCAUUGUGGAGGAAAUGAUAUUGGGGAGGUCACCAGCGUCCUGUUGGUGAACUCAAUGAAAGAGGACUUGCUCCAGAUGAAGCUCCAGCACCCUGAUAUGAAAAUUUUGUUUUCAUCUUUAACACAGAGGUGCUGGUGGAAGGCUGGUGCUAAGCCAGCUAAACUUGACAAGGCCCGGAAAUUUGUUAACAGUGUUAUGGCUACAUUUGUUGAUAGCCUAAAUGGUGCCAUGAUUAUGCACCCUCACAUUAGACAUGACAGUCCUGGGCUAUUCCUAAAAGAUGGAGUUCAUUUCACACCUAUGGGAAAUGAUAUUUUUUUAAGCAGUAUUGCCAACUGCCUUAAAGACCACAUUCAAAUGCAGUGAACAGCCAAUAGUGUCACUGCUUUUGAAUUUGGGCUUUAGGGCCCAUUUGAUUUAAAUAGCCUUGACCAUUAUGGCUAAUGUAGAGUUUUUUUUAAUGUUUAUUCUUAAGUGCCAUUUGUAGGCAUAACACUGUUAACCUCUGCUUUUCAUAUUGUUUAUUUUUUUAUUUUAUUAUUAUUAUUAUUACU